AUGGAGAGUCUAUAUACCCCGUCUUGUUCUCAGGACAAGAAACUAAUUCCUGAUGAUGAUACUAAAAAUGUCCUUGAGAGCUCAUGGUCACCAAAUUAUCCUUUUGGUGAAAAACCUCGUCGUUCCAAGUCAACAAGAAAGGCAAUGUUAGCUUCCAUACCUAGCCGAGACGUAGCAGACAAAUUCGUCCAAUCUUAUCUUGAUGUUAUUGAAACAUCACACCGCAUACUUCAUGUUCCAACUUUCCAGCUCCAAGUCCAAGCAUUUUGGGAUCAGCCUAAUGCGGCCGACGAUAGCUGGCUUGCACAAUAUUUUACUAUUCUCGCCCUAGGAUGUGAUGCUGCUAGAGCUGAAGACCCUGAAUCAACAGAGCAUUACAGCGAGCUACGUAAUACACUGUUGACUGCUGCAGAAACCUGUCUCAGGCUCACUCCAUUCUUGUAUCGACCGACAUUGGCUAAUCUCAGAACGCUAUGUCUCAUUGUCCUUGCAAAACAGAUACAUACUAUGUCAUGCUCUGAACAUGAAGCAUGCUGGCCACUCACUGGCCUUACGGUCCGGCUAGCAAUGCUGACGGGUCUCCAUUCGAGCAAUAGCAAUAAGUUCUAUUCGCCCUUUCAUGCCGAGAUGAGGAAUCGACUAUGGGCUGUGAUAUGCUUUAUGGAUCUCAAGCAGUCGUUGCUCUCAGGGAUGCCACUUCAGAUGACGAUAGAGACAUUUACUUGCGUCCAACCUGCGAAUAUAAAUGAAGAGGAAAUAAACGAGUGGUUCAGUGGCGAGAUACCAAGUCGACUGCUUCCAGAAAGAACAGAUGCUACUGUGCUAGUCAUUUUACACGAUGUUUUCCCACUGGUUGCUGAAAUUCUGAGAGCAGUAAAUUCAGCGGAUUCAUCUUUUCAGUAUGAAGAUGCACUGGAAUACGAUCGACAGCUAAGGUUCAAGAUGAAAGAAUAUGAAACCAUUCUUCAGUCACCUCCAAGACGCCUGGUGGAACCUACAGAAUGCACACCCAUUGAUAUUGACUUUGAAAAGAUCCUUCUUAAUGUCUAUUUUCGUCGAGUACUGCUCACAUUGCACGGUCGUUUUGCCCGGCUACCUCAAGCAUUUAUUGAAUACUCGGUUGCGUACUGGUCUUCUUUAGAGUGCUCUCUUGCACUUCUUGUGCAGCAGAGAGAACUAGGUGAUCAGGCAGCAGAUAACCGCGGCGUCUCGACAUGGUUCUCUGGUAUCUUCAAGCAAGAUUUCUUCACGGCUGCAAUGACUUUAUGUUUCCACCUCAUUAAAAAUGACUCUCCAUUAGAAUUACCCACGGAACAUCUCUGCCAGAUUCAAGCCCGGGAGACAGUUCUCGAGACUCUGAGAUCAUGCAGGGAUCUCUGGGAGAAAGAAAAGGAUUUGUCAGGGUGCCACGGCCGAGCGUGUGAUCUCGUUACCAAGUUGGUAAAUUUUCUGGAAGAAGCGGCCUAA